UUCCUCACGACAAUCACACAAACGACGUGUUGGACGCUUACUAGCUACCCAUCUAAACUCAACUGGCCGUCUUCGUAGUGGCUGACAAGUUGGCUAGCUAACGUUACUUCUCCUUGCAGAAUUAAAAACGUAACUACACAUCGAGUGAAUGUACGUUUGCAACAAAACCGGGACAAUGAAGACGCGGAUAGACAUGGAUUUUGUACUUGUGUUCACGUUAGUUGCCUUCAGUACUUGUUCAGGAUUCUACCUUCCGGGUUUAGCCCCAGUGAGCUUUUGUGAAGACGGUAAAGGAGGUGAUGAUUGUCAGACUCUCAUCCAGCUAUUUGUGAAUCGCUUGGACUCAGUGGAAUCAGUUCUGCCAUAUGAAUAUGAUGUCUUUGAUUUCUGCAAAGAUGAUAACGAGAGGAGACCGUCUGAGAACCUGGGCCAAGUGCUAUUUGGCGAGAGAAUUGAGACGUCACCAUACAAGUUCUACUUCAAAAAAGAUGUGAAAUGCCAGGAAUUGUGCACCAAAGUCUAUACGAAGGGCAAACCCGAGGAUAAGAACAUGCUGGACUUCCUUAAGAGAGGAAUGCAGUUGAACUACCAGCACCAUUGGAUUGUUGACAACAUGCCAGUCACCUGGUGCUAUGAUGUGGAAGACAGCCAGAAAUACUGCAAUCCUGGAUUCCCCAUUGGCUGCCUCGUCACCACCGAUGGCCGGGCUAAAGAUGCCUGUGUCAUCAAUUCGGAGUUCAACAAGAAGAAUACGUUUUACAUCUUCAACCACGUGGCCAUCAAAAUCACCUACCACAAUGGGGAGGGGGAGGGGUGGAGAGGAGCUCGUCUGGUGGCUGCCACACUGGAGCCCAAGAGUAUCAAAAAUGCUGAUGAUGAAAAACCGACAUGUGAAGGCCUUCCUAUGGAGGUUCCUGGAGAGUUUGACAGUGACUUGAAGAUCACAUACACCUACUCUGUCACCUUCGAGGAAAACAAUGACAUCAAGUGGGCCUCCAGAUGGGAUUACAUUUUGGUCUCAAUGCCUCACACCAACAUCCAGUGGUUCAGCAUUAUGAACUCUCUGGUCAUUGUGCUCUUCCUGUCUGGCAUGGUGGCUAUGAUAAUGCUGAGGACCCUGCACAAGGACAUCGCCAGGUAUAACCAGGUGGACCAGGGAGACUUGAUAAAGGUUCCAUCACUACAAGGAAAAUCCAUAUCCUAUGAGGAUGCCCAGGAGGAGUCUGGGUGGAAGCAGGUGCACGGGGAUGUGUUCCGGCCUCCCAGGAAGGGCAUGCUGCUUUCUGUGUUCCUCGGCCAGGGAACCCAGAUCUUCAUCAUGACCUUCAUCACCCUCUUCCUGGCCUGCUUGGGGUUCCUGUCUCCAGCUAACCGAGGGGCUCUAAUGACCUGUUCUGUGGUGCUGUGGGUUCUGCUCGGGACCCCUGCAGGAUACGUGUCGUCACGCCUCUACAAGACUUUCGGUGGUGAGAAAUGGAAGACCAAUGUCCUCUUGACAGCACUGUUGUGUCCAGGGAUUGUAUUUGCAGACUUCUUCCUGAUGAACUUGAUCCUGUGGGUGGAGGGAUCGUCGGCUGCCAUCCCCUUCGGCACGCUAGUGGCUAUCUUAGCUCUGUGGUUUGGCAUCUCCGUGCCCCUCACCUUCGUCGGCGCCUACUUCGGCUUCAAGAAACCUGCCAUUGAGCAGCCAGUGAGAACCAACCAGAUCCCCAGACAGAUCCCAGAACAGUCCUUCUUCACCAAGCCUGUCCCCGGCAUCGUCAUGGGGGGCAUCCUGCCCUUCGGCUGCAUCUUCAUCCAGCUCUUCUUCAUCCUCAACAGUAUCUGGUCUCACCAGAUGUACUACAUGUUUGGUUUCCUCUUCCUGGUCUUCAUCAUCCUCCUCAUCACCUGCUCUGAGGCCACCAUCCUGCUGUGCUACUUCCACUUGUGUGCAGAGGACUACCACUGGUGGUGGCGCUCCUUCCUGACCAGCGGCUUCACGGCCGUCUACCUGUUUGUCUACGCCGUCCACUACUUCUUCUCAAAGCUGCAGAUCGUAGGAGCCGCCAGCACCAUCCUCUACUUUGGCUACACCUCUAUCAUGGUGCUCAUAUUCUUCCUCUUCACAGGUACCAUUGGCUUCUUUGCCUGCUUCUGGUUUGUAAAUAAAAUCUACAGUGUGGUCAAGGUGGACUAAAGGAAGGAGGCCAGGCAUCCCUGCUCUCCCAGUGCAGCGCUUUUCCACUGGACCGUUAUGAGGAAAAGAAGCCCUUUGAAUACACUCUGACUUGAAACCAUCACAUAUCUCAGAAAAGACCUGAAGAAGGCCUUCCUUUGUUUUAUGCUCGGAAACUUGAUAUGUUGCUGUCAUUGUUUUUUGCUUUUACCGUCUGCCUAAGAUGAAGUGAUGUUUGAUUUGACUUGCGCCCUGUAUCCUCCAGGUUAGUUCCAAACAUCUAAUUGAACGGGCGACUACAUAGUGGUGGGUGGUGAAGGAUGAGCUGGAAUACUUUUAUUUUCCCUUUCUAAUGUAAAUCAAAUACGUACUUUAUUUUGCUUUUAUAUUCUCAGAACCCCAAACGUCUAUUUGCGUGUUUUGUUUUUCAAAACCUCUGCUGUAAUGAGAAUAUAUAAAUGUCGAUACUUUAAAAAUGUGACCUAUAUGGAACUGUCCUUUUAAAAAAUAAAGAGAAAAUGUUAAGUUUUAUCUGUUUGGACAGGUGAAGAUUGGGGCUAUAGAAUCCUAACCAUUAAUGACCUGUAUUAUAGUUUACUGUAUAAAUGACCAUGCCAUGAUAGAAUCUGUUUGUUCUCUUAUUAUUAUGGCUAUAUUUUGAUUUAUAUGAAAAUAAGAAUAAAUAGCAACCGUGCUUAAGAAGCACGUCAUAGAUCAAUUUGCUAUAACAGUGGAAAUGUAAGCCCAAGCUUAUGGCUCAUCGACAUUAUAUAUAUAUAUUUUUUGUUUGUUUUUGUAAUAUCUCACACGGCACAGGAGGAAGCAAGUUGGUAGUUUACGCAAAUGCAUUACAGUAUUUCUUAUUAGGUAACUUACUGUAACUAAUAUGUAUAAAACUACUGCAGCUUUUUCUUUUUAGCAGUGUGGAGUCAUCGCCUAAGGUGAUAAUGUUUUUACAAAUAAUAAAUACAUUUGAUUCAUUGGGAAGAA